GACCCGGAAGCGGCGGGACCCGAAGCGGCGGCGGCGCCCGGUCGUUCCCGGUCGUUCCCGGUCGUUCCCGGUCGCUCCUGGUCCCGACAGCCGCUGCCGCCGGCGCGUCCCCAUCCCGCCGGGUCCCGGCAGCGGCUUUCCCAGGGUCCCGAUCCCUGGGUCGGGAUUCCGUACCCAGCGGGCCCCGGGCAUGGCGGGCCGCGGGAAGCUGAUCGCGGUGAUGGGCGACGAGGACACGGUGACCGGGUUUCUGCUGGGCGGCAUCGGGGAGUUGGACAAGCACCGGCGGCCCAACUUCCUGGUGGUGGAGAAGGAAACGAGCCUGGCCGAGAUCGAGGAGGCCUUUCGGGGUUUCCUGGCGCGGGAGGACGUGGGCAUGAUCCUCAUCUCGCAGGCCCUGGCGGAGCAGAUCCGGCCGGCAGUCGCGGCCCAUGCCCGGGCGCUGCCCGCGGUGCUCGAGAUCCCCUCCAAGGACCACCCCUACGACCCGGCCCGGGACUCGGUGCUGCGCCGCGCCCGGGGGCUCUUCGCACCCGAUGAGCUGCGAUAGAGCCCCCCAGGACCCCUCAGCCCCUCCCGACACUCCCCCAAAUCCCCCUCUGAACUCCCUCAAAGAGGUUCCCCGAUACCUCCAGUAUGUGCAACCCUCCGUGGCACCCUCAAACUGUCCCCUGCGCCCGUGGCCUCUUUGCGCCCAGCCACGGGUGACGGGCACCCCCAGGCGCUCCCAGACAGUCCCUGGUACCUUCCCAGCGCCCCCAAACAGUCCCCCACCACUCCCCCAAAUUCUUUGUGCUUGACAGCUUGUGAUAGCCCUCCCUGGUACCCCAAAACAGCCCCCAGCACCCCACGGCCUGGGGGUCUCCACCCCAGGGAAACCCACCCAGGGUCCCCCAGCCCACCUGGGGCAGUUGUGCUUCAUGCCUGGGAAUCCCCACCCCAAGAAGUCCCCAGCCCAUCCCAGGGUGCUGCUGGGGGUCCCUGGGGUGUCCUUCAGGUGCUGGG